UUUUCUAUCAGGUCUAUUGGAAAUUUUUGAUUGUUUUUUUUUCCGUUGUCAUCCAUUAGUAAAUAGGAAAGAUGGCAGCAGAUUAUUGCGCUUUUUUCCUCUACAUCCACAGAUCCGACAUUUUUCUUAAAAUUAAGCCAUUUUACAAGUUUUUGUUUAAAAGUUGUAUAAAACCAUUCACGUUCCAGUUUUAUGAACAGAAUUGAGCGGGCAAUCGAUGAAAUGGAACAAAGGGAUCUCCCACAGGCAUUCCGUUUGCUGGGGGAGAUGAAUGCCAAUGUAUUGCAAGUGAAUCAACUUGUGGACAACAUGUUAAUUCGUGUUAAAAAUGGAGAAAUUUCUACAGAUAAGGGUCUUAGUUUUUUGGAAAUGAAAUAUCAUAUGUUACUUUCAUAUUUGAUUAAUUUGACUUAUGUAGUUCUGAGAAAAUGUUCAGGAGAACGUAUAGAAGGAGAUCCAUCGAUUGAUCGUUUAAUCGAAAUCAGAACAGUCCUAGAAAAAAUCCGACCAAUAGAUCACAAACUUAAGUACCAAAUAGAUAAACUUGUUAAGACUGCUGUAACUGGUACUAUCAACAGUGAUGAUCCAACUAAUUUUAAAGCUAAUCCUGAUGCAUUUGAUACUAAUGAUGAAGAAUCUGACAGUGAUCAGGGUGACGCAGAUGAAGGUUUUAAAUCAACACAAUCAAGGAAAUCUAAUGUUUAUGUACCACCAAAACUUGCUGCAGUACAUUAUGAUGGAGAUGAAACAGUUGCGGAUAAAAUUCGUAAAGCCGGAGAGAGGGUUCGCAGACGCGCAGUAUCGGGUGCUGUUUUACGGGAAUUAAAGGAAGAAUAUUUAGAUGCGCCUAUCGAAGAUACACAUGGUUUAGGCGAAAAACAAACUAGUCUAGGUCGUGAGAAUAAACGGAAAAUAGAAUAUGAAGAAAAUUACAUGACACGUUUGCCCGUUACUAAACAAGAAAAACACAGACGUCGUCAAAUGACUACUGUUGGUACACUUGGAGAAGAAAUUACAUCAUUUGGAGAAUCGUCUUUUGUAUCUGCUAAAAAAAGAAAAACUCAGAAGAAAGGCAAAGCCAAAAAAAGUUUCAAGAAAAAAAGGCAUCAUUAAAUCGACUUUAUAAAAAUUUGAAAAGCUGAAUUUCAUACAGCAUUAAUAAUUAAGGUAAAAUGCAAAUUUCUUCAAUUCUUCUUGACAAAUGCAGAUGCCAUUAAUACUCGUUACUAAGUUAAGCUAAAUAACUCAUAAACAACUAGUAAUAAAAAUCAACCAUCAACGGUGAAGUAAAUAGCACGAUGGUAAUUUAUUACUACAUAAGACAUACUAAUGGUCGUGUAAUUGAUAAUUAUAGUUAAUAAUGAUUUUAAUCUUUAAUUGUUGUCUGAGAUCAAUUUUUAUCUAUGGAGUUGAAAUGUUCCGUGAGUCACAAAGAAAAAAAAUGGUAUCUCUACGAUAUUAAGUACAUGAAAAAUAAUGUCAAGGUACAUACGAGCUUAACUUACAAAAAAAAGUAUUACGUGUAACCGUGACGCAUUUAAUCAAAGAAUGGAUUUCGGCUCCAAGAUUUAAAAUUGUAAGUUAAACGCAAAAGUUGAAAGCAGAAAAUUUGUCUGCUUUAUUUUGAAAUAUUCUCCAGCUAUAGAUGAAACGAAAAAAAAAAUCAGUAACGUAGCAGGAGGGAUGAUAUCGAAUUAAUUGUUACAGAAGCGUAAAAAUCACAAGACAUUCAAUGCAAAAAUUAGAAAAUUCAAAUUUAAUAAGAAAAAAAAAAUGACUAGAAAUUGCAACCACUCUGCAAAUUCUAAGAACAAUGUUUAUCGUGCGAUAUCACGUGUCUUAGGAUUUUCUCGCUAUUUUAGAGUAGUGUAGUAGUUAAUAGUUUUACUAUUAUAUGUAUAUUUCGUUUGUGUUUUCCCCUGGUAAACUGUUGAGGCUAUUAUAUCUCGAUGUGAAUCAUAUUUUAUGUUAAGUUUAAUUCUUUUACAAUGUGUCCAUGCAUUGUACUUGUUGUUUUAAUUUUGAAUUGCUUUCAUUUAGUUGUUAAACUUAUAUUAAAAGUAAUAUAAGGAUAACACGAAUGUGUCAAAAUUCAAAAUUGAUAUUGCCAAUUUCUUAAUUACUAUUUAAGUUUACUGUAUUUAGUUUCUUAGGGAGGGGGUAUGUGUGAUAUUGGAAUAAAAACUAAUAUACGAAGACUAGAGCGAAAAUCACUUCUGCAAUAGAAUAAAGAAUUUGUACAACAAAUUAUAGGGAUAAAUCCGUCUCUUGCGCUUAAAUAGGUUCCAUUUUUUAAGUGUUAGACGUAAUUCUGGGUAUUUUCUUAAACCCAAAUGCAAUGUUUCCUUUUUAAAGUAAAGGAAAGAUAAAUAUUAAAAUGCACUUAAUACAGCUCAUACAUGGAUAUUGGUAUCCAUUACACGUUCCUGCAGAAGUGAUCCGCAUCACCUUCAAAAGUACGAAUUCGUUACAUGCUAACCAAGGGCUCAACCAUCCAUAGAUAUUAUAUUUUUUACAAAAGUGUUCAUAGAUUGAGCCAACUUGGUAAUGCGUAAUGUUACAUAUGCCCUCUCUUUUUCAAUCUGUGAAGACGAUUAAAAUGUGAUAAAUUAUUCAUGAAAUAAUAGUUAAAGAAACUAACAGAAUAGCACAAUUGCUGGGCAUUAUUUACAAGUGCUAGCAAGCCUAAUGUCAGCAGCCUUGUCGUAUUUGGUAAUGAAGUUGGAAUACUGAAUAGCGGGAAGAUUUUGAUGAAUAAUACGAAGGUACUCUUACAAAAUCUCAUGCUCGUGUUUAAUGUACGGCAUGCGUGAAAUAAUACAAAAUCACAAUAGGUUUCAAAAUUUGCCCGAAAUUUAGUUUUCUCAUACUUUAUACAUAGAUGAUAAUUUUUGAAGCACACUUACAACUGAAAUAACUGUAAGUCCAAAAUACUAACUUGUAUGAGUGAGCGUGUGAGUGAGUGAGUAAGCGAGCGAGCGAGUGUAUGUGUGUAUAUAUAAUGUAUAUGUUAUUAUGUAUUUAUAUAUACAUAUGUACCUCCAACAUGUGUUUCCUCAUUUUUACAUUCUAAAAUGUUUGUAACAGCGCAUUAAAUACUAUUACGUUGUUUGUAACAAAUAGAAUUAUCGCCGAUAAUCUAAAUUGAAAAGUUUACUCGUAUAUUAUUACAUUUGUUUUAUUAAGCAUAGUUUCCUAGACAUGUUUUACAUAUUUUGGACUUAUAGUAAAAGUGUAUGGGUGUGAAAAAUAUGAUACACAUAUCCACAUACACAACAUAUAGCAGCAAAGUAAUAGGAUUACAUUGAAUACACUACCUCAAAUCAAUAGAAAUAUGGAUUUACAAUAAUAUAACUGCGUCAGUUACGUUUACAUUGUUGUGCCGUUGUUUAGUUAUACAUUUACUGAUACUACAGUUUUGUUGUGAAAUAUAAUAGAAUGUAUUAUGCCUUAUGAAAAGAGAGGUAUCUAGAAUUUGUUAUCUCUGACCUGCUUAGCAGGUAUAAAUCUUUUAGCAAUGUACAAAGAAAGCACAAAGUAUGUAAACGUUACUGUGAGCAGUGAGUUUAAAGUAGUCCUUCAAAUCCAACAACGCUGCCGAAUACCAAAUUAAAAGGAGAAACAAGAUAUCUUUGCAGCAAAAAUGAGAUUAGAAUGAUUUAUUGAAUACAUUCAUAGUUUGAAGGAUGUAUGUACUGUUUCGUUUAUUGAUAAAUUUUGUAUAAUUUAUGUACUAAGACAAUUCAAUGUGUGUGAGAGAAAAAAGAGCGCGCGCAAGAGGGAGAGUUUACCUGUAUAUUAGAAAUGAUUAUUAUUAAUGAAUUAUUAUUAUUAUGAA